UUCAAUCCAACUACUACUCUACCAAUAGCUUGUAGUAGAGAAGGGAUCGAGCUAGGAGUACGUGGUGAUCAAUGGCGGACGGCACGGCGGUGCUCGGGUGGGCGGCGAGGGACCCCUCCGGUCACCUCUCCCCGUACAGCUUCAAAAGAAGGGUUCAGAAGGAAGACGACGUGACGAUCAAGGUGCUCUUCUGCGGGAUCUGCCACACCGACCUGCACGUCAUCAAGAACGAGUGGGGCAACGCCAUGUACCCCGUCGUCCCCGGGCAUGAGAUCGUCGGCGUUGUCAGCGGCGUCGGCGGAGGGGUCACCAAGUUCAAGGCCGGCGACAUGGUGGGGGUUGGGUACUUCGUCAACUCGUGCGGCUCCUGCGACAGCUGCGGCGAGGGGUACGACAACUACUGCCCGACGAGUGUGAUCACGUCCAACGGCACGGACUACGACGGCGCGACCACCCGGGGCGGCUUCUCCGACGUCUUGGUGGUGAAGCAGGACUUCGUCGUGCGCGUGCCGGGGACCCUGCCGCCGGAGGGCGCGGCGCCGCUGCUGUGCGCCGGCGUGACCGUUUACAGCCCGAUGGUGGAGUACGGCCUGAACGCGCCGGGGAAGCACCUCGGGGUGGUCGGCCUCGGCGGGCUCGGCCACCUCGGCGUCAAGUUCGGCAAGGCGUUCGGGAUGAAGGUGACGGUGAUCAGCACGUCGCCGUCGAAGCGCGAGGAGGCGCUCGAGCGGCUCGGCGCCGACGCGUUCCUGUCCAGCCGCGACGGCGAGCAGAUGGCGGCGGCGGCGGCGACGAUGGACGGCAUCAUCGACACGGUCUCCGCGGGGCACCCGCUGGUGCCGCUGCUGUCGCUGCUGAAGCCCAAGGGGCAGAUGGUGGUGGUGGGCGCGCCGAGCACGCCGCUGCAGCUCCCGGCGAUCGCCAUCAUCGAUGGCGGGAAGCGCGUGGCCGGGAGCGGGGGCAGCGUGGCCGAGUGCCAGGCGAUGCUGGACUUCGCCGGGGAGCACGGCAUCGCGGCGGACGUGGAGGUGGUCGCCAUGGACGCCGUGAACGCCGCCAUCGCCCGCCUCGAGAGGAACGACGUGAGGUACCGCUUCGUCGUCGACGUCGCCGGCACCAUACACGCCGCGCCGGCCUAGGUAGCCAUAGCCGUUCGUUCUGGCGUGUUGGUGUCCAAGCGUGUGCGUCAACUGUGUCAUCGUGCUUGCGGCUUGCGUGUA